GUGACCAGCGCAGCAGCGUGGUCAAUGAGUCCAGCAGUCUACUGGGGGGCUCCCCCCGCCGCCAGUGCGGCCGCAAAGGGUCCCCGUAUCACACCGGGCAGCUCCAUCCCGCCGUGCGGGUGGCGGAUCUCCUCCAGCAUAUCAACCAGAUGAAGACGGCAGAAGGGUACGGCUUCAAGCAGGAGUACGAGGUGAGAUCAUCUUGUGCUGGCAUCUCGGGGAGGGCGGGAGAUGACCGUCACCGAGUGAAGCUGCACCCGCUGCUGGGCGAUCCCAACUCAGACUACAUCAAUGCCAACUACAUCGAUGGCUACCACAGGUCCAACCACUUCAUAGCCACGCAAGGGCCCAAGCAGGAGAUGGUGUAUGACUUCUGGCGCAUGGUGUGGCAGGAGCACUGUUCCAGCAUCGUGAUGAUAACCAAGCUGGUGGAGGUGGGCCGGGUGAAAUGCUCCAAGUACUGGCCGGAUGACUCCGAGAUGUAUGGGGACAUCAAGAUCACCCUGGUGAAGUCGGAGACGUUGGCCGAGUACGCAGUCCGCACCUUCGCUCUCGAGAGGCGGGGCUACUCGGCCCGGCACGAGGUGAAGCAGUUCCACUUCACGUCGUGGCCCGAGCACGGCGUCCCCUACCACGCCACGGGGCUGCUGGCCUUCAUCCGCAGGGUGAAAGCAUCCACGCCGCCCGACGCCGGCCCCAUCGUCAUCCACUGCAGUGCCGGCACGGGGAGGACUGGCUGCUACAUCGUCCUGGACGUUAUGUUGGACAUGGCCGAGUGCGAGGGUGUCGUGGACAUCUACAACUGCGUGAAGACCCUGUGCUCGCGGAGGAUCAACAUGAUACAGACGGAGGAGCAGUACGUCUUCAUUCACGACGCCAUCCUGGAAGCCUGCCUGUGCGGGGAGACCAGCAUCCCCGCCAGCGAGUUCAAGCCCACCUACAAGGAGAUGGUGAGGAUAGAGCCGCAGAGCAACUCCUCGCAGCUGCGGGAAGAGUUUCAGACCCUGAACUCGGUGACUCCCCACCUGGACGUGGAGGAGUGCAGCAUCGCUCUCCUGCCCCGCAACCGGGAGAGGAACCGCAGCAUGGACGUCCUGCCGCCCGACCGAUGCCUUCCCUUCCUCAUCUCCGUGGAUGGAGACAGCAACAACUACAUCAACGCGGCCUUAACUGACAGCUACACCAAGAGCGCUGCCUUCAUCGUCACCCUGCACCCGCUGCAGAACACCACCACCGACUUCUGGCGGUUGGUGUACGACUACGGCUGCACCUCCAUCGUCAUGCUCAACCAGCUCAACCAGUCCAACUCCGCCUGG